CACACACACACAGAAUUUCCCGGAGUUUCUGCUUUUCUGAGGAACAAGAUUCUGAACUUUAAACAAAAACACAGAGUUUAUACCGAAGAGAAAGACUUUCACUGAAACACAGACAGCAAGGACGUGGAGCCCUCAACUUUCCUCCUCCUCCUCCAUUAUCAUCAGCAUAACAAAGCUCCAGGGGUGAGCGGAUUGGCGAGGCGCCUCCAAGCCGCACAGGUAGACCGGAGUCCGGCUACAGAUCUCAUCCACGCAGCGGUGCACCGGGACAUCCUAGGAAACCUUGCGCCCAAACUCCGGGGCCAUGGACGGAGUUUUGGCGCAACACAGCGGGGCUAUGGGGAGUGUGUUACCACAGCUAACCGGCCCCGAAGAAAAGCCUGUGCCCGUAUUGAUGGACGAGCCUCGGCCCGGGACUCGCGGUGCCACCCGAAUCCCCGCGGAUCAGCACGAUGGCGAAUGGGCAUCAAACGCAGCGGGCAAGAAGAAGAACUACCAGCGCUACCCGAAGCCGCCGUACUCUUACCUGGCUAUGAUCGCCAUGGUGAUCCAGAACUCACCGCACAAGAAGCUCACCCUCUCUCAGAUCCUGAAAGAGAUCAGCACGCUCUUCCCCUUUUUUAAAGGGAACUACAAAGGAUGGAGAGAUUCGGUGCGGCACAACCUGUCCUCUUACGACUGCUUCGUCAAGGUGCUGAAGGAUCCGGGGAAGCCUCAGGGGAAGGGGAAUUUCUGGGCUGUAGAGGUGAGCAGGGUCCCUCUGGAACUGCUGAAGAGGCAGAACACAGCCGUGUCCAGACAAGAUGAAACCAUCUUUGCCCAGGACCUAGCACCCUACAUCCUGCAAGGGCACACUCCUGCUCAGCAAGAUGAAACGCAACCCACCGUGCCUGACCUGUCCAUCCGUCGCCCUUCCCCUGCUCCAGAAGAUCUUUAUCGUCCCAAACUGGACUCGUCCUUUGCUAUUGAUUCACUUUUGCACACCUUUAGACCAGCAGACGCUCUUAGGGGUCGAGGAGAUGGGUGGGGGGUGGAGUCAAACCAUCGUUCACCACGCCAUCGAUAUAUUUCAUCAAAUCGGAGUGCAUCAGCCAGUUCCGCUAGUCCUGCGUCUUCCUCAUCAUCAGAUGAGGACUGGAGAGGGAUGACGCGAUUCGAGGCAAGAAAACGAGGGACAGAUGGAGGACAUCAUGGAGCCGAAGGAUACAAUAAUUAUUUCCCUCCAAAUAAAGUAGCGAAGCGCGGUAGUUCAGCGCCUCCUCCUUGGGAGUUGCCAACUUCUUACGCCAAGUACACACCCCCAAACGCUGUAGCCCCACCUAGCAUGCGCUUCAAUGGGAACCCUUUCAUCCCCCUCGGCUCUGUUCCAUUUUACAGCCAUCAUGUUGCGCCCAAUCACUUCAGCGCUCAUUCUUACUGGCCCCUGUUGUCCAGUGGGCGGGUUUCGUUGCAGGCUCCUCCCCUACUAAUGGACUUGGACAGUAUGUUGCAGUCAGUUCCACCCAACAAGAGUGUUUUUGAUGUGCAUAUGCCACCAAAUCAAUAUGGACCUCUGUUUAGCAAGUAUUCUUAGUGCUGCUGCCACUGAAAUAUUAUUUUUAAAUGGGAAAUAAAUCAUUUUCUCUCCAUCCAAAGGCAGGAUCAUUCAAUUUUUGCUUUCAAAUCUGCCUGUGUUUACUCAAGGAAAAUCUACCAAUUGACUGAUGAAUGUAACACAGCAAUGACCAAAAACUUUGCACUGACAGUUUGCACUCAUUUUACCUUUUUAUUGCCAUUUUAGUUUUUUUUUUUAAUUAUUUCAGAAAAAUCUUUUAAAUGGUCGCAUUAACAUUUGAAUGUGGUUUUUUAAAACAUUGUGAGAAAGCGAGGUGUUGUGUAAAAACAGGGUAUUUAACUUAUGUUUACAUGCUUUUUGUGUGGUUCCUAUUUUGACGUUUUUUUUUAAAAAGAUAUGCUGCAGCUUUUUUCCCUGUAAUGCCACAUGGCUAACCUCAAUGCUAAAUUCCACAUGGGGAUGUAAUGCUACUGUAAACAGUAAUGCUAACUGAUGGACCAGUUAGUGUUCGGCACAUUAAUCUAAUGGUUGGUGUUGAUCGUGUGGGUCACAGAUGAGAUGACGUGUGAAACAGUGUGUGUCCCAACCCCCGGGUUUGAGAGAAUCUCGGUGCCGCUGCAUCUGCAUGUUGAUGGCUCGUCGUUAGUCUGCAAUCUCCUGAGCUAUUCAGGGGAAACUUAUCAAAUGCAGAUAGGUCUGUGUGUGUGUCGGUUGAAAGUUGUUCUCCAUUGUUAAAGGCUAUUUUAUACCAAAAAGGAUCUAUUCCAAACGUUUUGUCAUAUUUUCUCCAUCAUCCCUCAAAAAUGUGCUUUA